GGGCUGCUGCCAGACUCGAGGUUCAACAAGCAUGCGUUCAUAGGCUAACACCUAGGGAUUUACGUCACUCAAACGAAUCUCGAAUGCGCAUCAGAACCCACUGUGUCCAACGCAUUGCCUUCGCCUCAAUCCUUACUCUUCCCUUCCAUCUUCUUCACUGAUCACUCCUAACUAGUUCACCCCCACGAUGUCAGCACUCGACUACGCUACCCUACCGAUGAUCCCCAUCAGCUACGCCAGCUGCUCCUUGGGCAAUCCGUCGAAACCACCGCCCCUCCUCGACCGCCUGCAUGCCAUAUCCACAGCCGGCUUCACAGCAAUCGAACUCUCCUUUCCAGACAUCCUCUCCUACGGCGAGACCCUGCUCGGCCACUCCCCCGACCCCAAGAGCUACGACGAGCUCUGCAACGUCGCCGCCGCCAUCAAACAAGAAUGCGACAAGCGCAAGCUCGGCAUCAUGAUGCUACAACCCUUCUCCAACUUCGAGGGCUGGAAAGAAGGCUCCGAGGGCCGGAAAGACGCGUUCGAGCGUGCGAAGGGGUGGAUCAGGAUCAUGCAGGCUUGUGGGACCGAUAUACUGCAGGUGGGAUCGAGCGAUACGCCGAUAGAGAAUCUGGAUUUGGGCAAGGUGGUCCUAGAUUUGAGAGAGCUGUGUGGUUUGCUGGAGGAGCACGGGUUCAAGCUUGCGUAUGAGAAUUGGUGCUGGAGCACACAUGCGCCAGAUUGGAAGGACGUUUGGAAGAUUGUCAAGGAAGUGGACAGACCGAACAUUGGGCUUUGUCUUGAUACCUUCCAGACUGCUGGUGGUGAGUGGGCCGAUCCUACUACGCAGUCGGGAUUGAGGGAGGAUGUCUCGAAAGAGGAGCUGGAGAAAAGGUUCCAUAAGUCGCUCGACGAUCUCGCUCAAACUAUCCCGAAAGACAAGAUCUACCUCCUCCAGAUCAGCGACGCAUACAAGGUACCGACACCGUUCAGCGCGGAAGCCGAUGAGCAGGGAAUGCGGCCUCGAGGCAGAUGGAGCCACGACUUCCGCCCCCUCCCAUACAAUGGUGGCUAUCUGCCAGUCGUCGACGUCACCACCGCAGUCCUACGCACCGGUUUCAGAGGCUGGUUCAGCUACGAGGUGUUCGACGCCGGUCCAGAGGGUAAAGGCAGGAACGUGGAUAUCGUGGCAUACGCACAAGCGGCGAGCAACGUCCAAGGGAGGCUGAUUGCGCAGUGUGCAGGCAAGAAGAUCCCGAUCACGAAAGAAAUGGAGACUGUGGAAGAGCACAACUGAGCGAGCUAUUCGGCGUAUAUAGAGAGCAGACGGGGGCAUCCAGAGUGGCUUACCAGGUAGAGUACCACUCAAUGGCAAGUUGCACCGCUCACCCAAAGAGUAUCUUCAUGAAAAAUGAAAGAAUGAAUUGACUAAACUAGACAAAAAAUAUAACAAGACCAACUGCUUCUCGGUGACCUAUUCCCACAUCCUUUU